GAUUACAAUUUUGCAACUUCAAAUUUUCUAUUGCUUGAGUUGUUUGAUGUUUCUCAGUCCGAAAAUACCAGAAAUUAAAUUCCACACUUGUUUUUGUAUUAUAAUCGAUUUAAAAGGGUGAAAAUUAAGGGAAAGUACCACUUGUAUAUAUAAAUAUUAAGUACAUGAAGGUGGAUUAAAUGAUGUCGCUGAAACCUCAGGAAGUAAAUUUUGAUGAGACCUGGUCUAAACUCAAAGAGACUGUAGAAGGUGUUGUUGGUCUACAAGCGAUUGAGAGAGCAGUAUGGAAUUCACGUUUCUCCGAUGUUUAUGCUUUAUGUGUUGCACACCCUGAACCACAUGCUGAUAAACUGUACGAUGAAACCAGAAAAUUCUUGGAGGAGCAUGUGUUUAGAUUAUUAGACAGAGUGAAAGCUACAGCUUUUUUAGAUAGUUCUGAUUACAAUGAUGGACUGCUUAAUAGAUAUGUCACUGCAUGGAGAGAGUACAGCCAAGGCGUGGCUUACCUUAACAGUUUAUAUUCAUAUUUAAAUUUACAGCACAUUAAACGACAAAAGGUGUCAGAUGCAGACAUAAUCUAUGGCUCAUCAGCUGCUAUAAGUUUUCUUGAACAUGAUGCAAGGCAAUUGGAGGUUGGUGAAUUGGGCUUAGUAAUAUGGGAGAGGGUUUUAAUAAAGCCCCUCGCAAAUCCGAUGACGGCCCGUAUAGUGAAAGCAUUGAACGAUGCGCGGGAAUCAAACCCUGAUCCCGCAGCAGCGGAUAUACUAAAGACUGCAAUUCACAGUAUGGUGGAAGUCCAGUCCUUCCGGCUCCGUACACCCCUGUCUCUCUACCAACAAUUAGUGGUUGAGCCAUUUUUGACCUCCGCUGCCGCCCAUCACUCAAGGCGCGCCGCCGAAUUACUUAACUCUGGAGAUGUUUCCUAUUUCAUGAAGUAUGUGCUGGAUGGUUUGGCGAGAGAAAUAGUUCUAGGCAACAAAUUCCUUCACUCAUCAUCGUCUGAGGCGGUGCGUGCUUGCUAUGAGCAGGCCUGCGUGGCCUCGCAUUUGCCGGCAUUGCAUGCCGAGGUCGAACGACUAUUGAAAGAAGCUUGUGAAGAUUCGCCUAAAGCCGCUGAGCGGCGCGAAGAUCUUAAACGUAUGUUUAUGCUACUCAAACCAUUGGGUCAGAAUGCCAUGCGUCCAUUGAUCGAAGCUGCCCAUGUGCAGGCCGCUAAAGAAGGACACGCUAUGUUGGCAGCUGAACACAGCAAGGAUGAAGCGCACACACAUUUCGUACAUUCAAUGUUGUCUCUGCACAGUAAAUAUAAGAAACUAUUUGCUGAAGUCUUUGGAGGGGCUCAACCGUUUAUAGGAGCUCUGGAUAAGGCAUGUAGUGAAGUUGUGAAUUCGCGUGCCGAAGGCGAAUCUACGGCUCGUGCUCCUGAAUUGUUAUCACGUUACUGCGAUACGCUAUUGAGGAGGAAGGGAUCAGAAAGAGAUGCAGAUGACAAGUUGACAGCUGCCAUAGUGGUGUUUAAGUACAUCGACGAUAAGGACGUAUUUCAGAAACAUUAUGCGCGUGCGCUCGCACGACGACUCAUACACCAACUGUCUGCUUCUAUGGAGCAGGAGGAGGCGAUGAUUAACAGGCUCAAAGCAGCUUGUGGCUACGAAUUUACAAAUAAAUUACACAGAAUGUUCACCGAUGUCGCCGUGUCCACAGACCUUAAUACUAAGUUCCAACAAUAUUUGAGGGAAAAUAAUUUAGCAACGAACACUGGCUUCUUUAUACAGGUCCUUCAAGCCGGAGCGUGGCCUCUAGGUGGAGCAAUGGCUCCCUUAGCCCCUCCAGCACAAUUGGAAAGACCGGCUCGUCUUUUUGAGACGUUCUACCGGGCGUCGUUCUCCGGUAGACGGCUGGCCUGGCUUCACCAUUUAUGUACGGGAGAAUUGAGGACGCGAUAUACGCAACGGUUAUACCAUAUAAAUGCUACUACACCACAGUGCGCCCUCCUCCUAAUGUUCGAAAACACCGACUCUAUUCGGGCCAGGGAAGCACGUGAAACUCUCCAACUUCCAGAAGAAGCCUGGGCCCGACACGUCCGCCCGCUAGUCGAAGCCGGUCUGCUCAUCUCGAAGGGAGAUGUGGAAGGAGCCGAUGAAGAGGCGGAACUUCUUCUUAAUCUGACCUUCACCUGCAAGCGGACGAAGAUAAGGCUUACUUGUGCUGCAGCACCGGCGAGUCAAGGUGGUACUGGCCCUGGGGCAGGUUCAUCCAGUGAAUCCACUCACUGCGAUGAUGAUAGAAAAAUGUACCUUCAAGCCGCUGUUGUACGCAUUAUGAAGCAAAGAAAGGUCCUACGUCACACGGAGCUGAUCCAAGAAGUGGUUUCUCAGGCUAGAGGCUCGUUCGCACCAUCUGUCGCCAUGAUCAAGAAGUGUAUAGAGGCACUGAUCGAUAAACAGUAUUUGGAAAGGUCGCCAGGAAACCUCGACACUUAUUCGUAUCUCGCGUAGGGUAGUUGCAAAUAAUUUGGGAGGGUACUUUAAAAUACGGGUACACGGUUGACAAAAAUAUACUUAUAAGAGAUCAGAUAAUUUUAUGAAUAUACUCUAAAGAUUUUUGCGAUUUUUUUAACGAUGAGUAUUGUGUUUAAAGCAAAUGUUAUUUAACGUACAACUAUUUAUUUAAGUUCGAAAUGGCCAAUAUCAAUAUUUACGUGAUUGGAUAUUCGUUGUAUAAUUUCUUUCAUGAUAGUUUAAUUGCAUGUUUCUUUUAUUUUAUUGGAUGUAAAAUAUUAUAAGUAACCUUCAAAAUUACUUAGCUUAUCUCAACACCUGUUAAAUUUUUUCAAAAUAAUUAUAUAUAAAAUAUUUCCAAAAAUACAUAGUAUACGGUAAUGUCAAAAAUUACUCGGAAAUAUAAAGAUGGUGUUGGUUAAUGGGGCUCAUGUAACAGACUGGUUCUGGCUUUUGGUAUUGCAAACAGCCUAGACCUUCGCCUUCGCACAAAGAAACCGAGGUCUUGCAAACAUGAAGGGUGACAUUUAUGACAGUACUUAAAAUUAUUGACUUGAAAUUAAUUUCUGCAAAAUGAGCUUAUUGUGACGAGAAAUAUACAUGUGUUUUUUAUAACUAUUUUUCUUCUUAUCGUCGUGUUUUGUUAGUAAGAUAUAGAAGUACGAGAAUCGAAUUUUUGUUGUUACGUUAAGUUUAUAAAAUUAUCAGUAAAAAUGGACCGUAAAUUUCAUGGUUGUUAAGACGUUUUGUUCCGGGAAAAUGUAUCCUUAUUGCAAUCACACGCUGUAUGAUAUAAUAAUAUGAUUAAACGUUCUAUAAUCUAGCGCUUAAAACGCUAAUUCGUGUUAGAUUUAAUUACGUCUUGACGACUUUUUAAAUAUAAGACAUAAUAUAUUGUAAAUAAUAUAACAAUAUAAACGUGACCUAAUUAUUCCCAGAAACGAGUUUUAAUCGCGUAAAUAUUGUUUUUUUAAUGUUUAAUAAUGUGACUGUGCAAAUACAAUUUAUUAUCGAGAUGAAAAUGCAAUUAUAAAAUGCAUAAUUUUAUGAAUUUUUAUUUGGCAAAUGAAUUUGUCAUACCCAUAGACAGUGACGUAUCAACAUGUCAUAUGUAGUGACGUUGUCACUUUACAAACUUUUUAAACGGUGAGGCUGUCAAACUUAAAUUGACGUUCUAGUAGCAACUCCUACGCUAUGUAUGCCUCAUUAUUUUUUGCAGAGAUCCCUUAAACUGUGUUUUAAUGUUUUAUAAAGUUUUCAUGCACUGAAUACCGAACUUCCAAGACUUACAGAGUUUACAUUUAAAUAUUUUUCUUUUUGUCACAUGUCCACUUUUUAUACUCGGCAGUAGUAAGCACUGAAUGAAUGUGUUAACUAUAACAUCAAUCAAAUAUAUAUGUCCCAUGUCCUAGCUUAAAGUAAUAUUUUUUAUGAAAGAUUCACCCAUUUUUUAUAUUUCUGUCACAAUGUGAUUCUAUCGUACGAAUGGCCUAGUAAAUUAGCCAGCCAAUUUGUUAAAUAUUGUAUCAAUCGCAACGGUUGAAUAUCUUUCAGGUCGCUAUGUAAAAGGCGAAGCAGUAAAUUGAACGGCUAAUUAAGCUAGGCUGACAUAUACAUGAAAUGCGAGUCAAGUUUUCAGGAUUGUUAGAGACAUAGGGCCUAACUCUUAAAGUAUUUGUUUUUUAAUAAUUAUUCUAUGCAAAACGAAACAUAAGAAUUACGUUCACAUUGAAGUACGAUUGUUGAUGUACGCAUGCGCGCUUACCUAAUUAUAAAAAAAAACAAUAUUGGCUUGUGUGAGUUAAGUAUAAAUUUUGUAUCUAAUCUGUGGUUGAUUCUCUAUGUAUGACAUAUUCUGACAAAAUACCGUGUAUUUCGCCUUAUGUACGAAUUGAGAUCUUAAUAAUAUAUGACUUUAGUUAAAAUAAAUAUUGUACGGAUGCCGUUAAAA